UAUUAUUUUCCAAGAAUAAUAGAAAAAUUUCUUAGUACAAUUUAUUUUGGCAUCACUUAUUGCAGUAAUGUUAUAAUUGGGGGUCGUUCGUUGGAGAAAACGGCAUUACCCAAAAUCCUCAUCUCCUUUCUUCUCGCUUAAAAGCAGGAGUGAUAAUUCGUUAUGAUUGUUUGUAUAUUGAAUUUGUUCGUACUUUCCUGUUAAAUCUGUUAUCUGUUAAACAUGUAUGUGUGCAUAAUUUUUUUCAUGAACUUCUUUAUAGCAAAAUAUUUGCUGAAGGGCUUUAUAUUUUGCAAGCUAUAUAAUCCCCAAAAUAAGGUUUUUAUAUACAAGGGAGAUAAUGCCAUAAAACAAAAAUUUUUCCUAGGAAUUAGUCUUGGAGUUAUUAUAGCAAUCGCCAUCCUGUUUUUUGUAAAUGUUUCAUAUUGCAUAGUGUAUACUGCAUCAUUAAUUUCUUGUUCAUAUUAUGAAUGUAUAUGGAAUUUAAGUGAUAAAGAAGUUUUGAAAUUUUCUGAAUAUAACAGAUUGAGUUUAGGAUACGGUGCCGCCCUAGCGUAUUACAAAAACUAUUUGAAACUUUUCAUACCACAUAAGCUAAUAGAGCGAAUAAAAAUUUUUGAAUCGCAUCAUCAUGUUCAAGUUCCUGAAAAACUGUACAUAUUAGUUCCAAAAUCAUGUAUAGUGCCGUCAUAUAUAAGCAAUAAUGAUUAUAUUGAGAGGUGUCGCGAAUUGCCAGCAUACAAAAAAGAAGUAGCUGGAAUAGAAGGAAGAGUUUACAAUAUUACUGUUUAUCAAAUCAGGGCUGAUGAACAUGACAUUGGAUUUCGCUGUGCCCUUGAAUAUGCCCAGCCGUUAAAAAAUCUGUCAGCAUAUAAAAAUGAAAAAAUUAUAACAGAAGAAGAAAUGCAGCAUCAACGAGAAUUAUUCUGUUCAUAUCUGGUAGAUUUUUUAAAUGAUGAAAAUCAGUCUUGUAAAUAUUGUACAAUUUUAACCUUUGAUGAUGAAAAACAGAAAGUGCAUGAAGUUUUACUGGAACAAUUUUCAAAAGAGUAAUAUAAUUAUAAAACUGACAUGUAUGGGGAAACUGAUAAAUACAGUAUUGCUUUCACCAUUGGAUUAACUGGGAUUUUGAGUUAACCAUAGACCUCAACCAAGCAUUACUCUGGCUAAUCUAGAGUUGAUUGCAAUUUUCUAUUUCAACUAGAAGUAAUGUUAUAAAAUUUCUGUUAUAUGUUAUUGCCAAAUUGCAGAAUAAAGUUUUAAUUUUAUAAAACUAAA